CUCAGUGGAGGAACGCUCGCUCGGAGCGCGCCGCGCGUACUGAAGGGACGCAUUGAUAGUCGAACGGCGGCACCGUGCGCCUUGUGCUGCACGCAAACGGAGCGCACUCUAAUCUCUUCGCACCCGUUUUCUCGACGGCAUCUGUGUGUAAUACCAGCCUGAUCGACCUGGCGCAAAGUCGGAGUGGCUCUGUCAAUUCCCCGGGCACCGGUUUUGGAGUCUUUUCGCCGUAUGCACGAGAAAUAGAAGGACGCGACACUAUCCCGUUCUGUCUUUUUGAAGUGGUCUCAGUCUGGGGCUGAGCUCACGCUUCAAACUCUCUUAGAAACACGAUGGACUAAAAGCUCGGGUUGCACUUCGCAAUCUGAGCCCAGGAAGAUUCAGUCGAUUUCUUUUUAUGGAAUAAGAGGACUGCGCAUGGUGCUGCAAGGAUCAUUUUAGGGUUAAUUUUUGUCAAGUUCAGUCUAAUUGUGAUGCGUCUGUGGAGCCUGUAAACACUCAUUUUUGUGUAUUUUAAUUGGAAUUUACGACUAAAUUUUUUAUGAGACUUUCAGACGGAAUUUAAGUUGAAUUUUUGGUGCGUAAAUUGCAGUGUGUGCGGUUGCGGAGCCGCAGAAAUAGUUGCGUCUCCCUUCUUUUUUUCACGUUAAAGGCUGAGUUUUCCACGGAUUAGGGCUAAAUCACUGAUCAAGACUUAAAAGGCGCUGGUUUAUUCUCUCUUGCCUGGAGCUCACAGGCGGAUCUGAUGCGCAGAUUCUCCGUAGGAUGGUAAAUGACCGAUGGGGAACCAUGAACAGCUCUUCUGAACUCGAAGAUGGCACUCGGCAUAAAAACCAGACAUUCUGUGAGUGUGUACCCAGCUCCUCCCAGCUCAAACAUCGCUGGUCAGACUCAGAAACUGCCAGGGAGACCCCGGCCAAGAGGAUGAGCUGCAGCUACCUGCUGUGCACGAUCCUACUCUUUGUGGCUGUACUGCUGGCCGUCACCGUCACUGGCACCAUCCUUUUCAUGAAUCACUACCAGGCCCCGCCCAUGAACGACGGCCUCCCCCUCAUCUCUACCAAUCAGGAUGAAGCGAACGCCCUGGUCACUGUGGAGAGAGGUGAUGGCUCUCGCAUUAACAUCUUCAUCGACCCCAACUGUCCCGAUUACAACAGUAACUUUUUGCGCCUGGAGGGUGUGCAGACUUCACUGCUCCACUCAUUGACUGACCAUGACUCUGACCUGAAGUCGGUGAAGGGCCAAGAUCGGGCUCUGCUCGUCAGUCUGGCUGAGGAGGUGGCCAAGUUGUCCGCCCAUGCUGGGCAACUAAAAAUGGACUAUGAAUCCCUACACAGGGGGCAAGGGAGUCUGGGUCAAGACCUUAACACACUGCAGACCGAGCAGGGACGUCUCAUACAGCUCCUGUCAGACAGCCAGAUUAACAUGGUGAAGGUAGUCAACUCGGUGAGCGACGCUCUUAAUGCCAUGCAGAAGGAGAACGUGGGCCUGAAGGCGCGUGUCAAGGCCGACUUGCAAAGGGCACCAGUCAGAGGGGCUCGUUUAAAGGGCUGCUCCAAUGGCUCUCGCCCGCGUGACUGUGGCGACCUGUACGCCAGUGGUCAGCGAGAGGACGGCAUCUACUCCGUGUUUCCUCUGCACCACCCUACAGGCUUUCAGGUGUACUGCGACAUGACUACAGAUGGAGGAGGCUGGACUGUGAUCCAGCGCAGGGAGGACGGGUCAGUCAACUUCUUCAGAGGAUGGGAAUCCUAUCGUGAGGGAUUCGGCACAAUUACUGGUGAACACUGGCUCGGGCUGAAGCAGAUCCAUGCCCUGUCUAUCCAGGGCAACUACGAGCUCCGUAUCGACUUGGAGGACUUUGAAAAUAGCACUGCAUUUGCCCAAUAUGGUACCUUUGGAGUGGGCCUUUUCUCCGUUGACCCUGAUGAUGACGGAUACCCCUUGACUGUGGGAGACUAUUCUGGAAAUGCAGGUGACUCUCUACUGAAGCACAACGGAAUGAAGUUCACCACCAAAGACAGGGACAACGACCACUCUGAGAAUAACUGCGCCUCCUUCUACCACGGUGCCUGGUGGUACCACAACUGCCACACUUCCAACCUGAAUGGCCAGUACCUGCGCGGUCAGCACACCUCCUAUGCUGAUGGCGUCGAGUGGUCCUCCUGGACUGGCUGGCAGUACUCGCUCAAAUUCUCCGAAAUGAAGAUACGUCCCACGCGUGACCCUGAAAAUAAAUGAAACUGUCCAAAAAGAGAAAUAAGAAAGUUUUCGAAAACAUUGCAAACUAGACAGCUACGCAGAAUUGUUUGUCUUGAUAUAGUUUCUUCAUUUUAACAAAAAAAACCUCUUUUAGUUUCCUCCUGAUGUGUCAUCCUCCCUGCUCCUCAUCCUCCAUCACUCAGCUCUACUAGUCACACUGGCUGCCAUAAUCCCAUAGUCCCUUUUCUCUCAAAAAUAAUGCAUUCAUGACGCCCCAUGUUUUUCAUCCACCAGUUCACAAAAACUGCACACCAGACCCCUGAGAGCCCGCAGUCCACUGCUCAGGCUUUACUCUGUCUGACAUGGUGGUCCAACCAUCCCCUACAGAAUCACACACCACUGAUUACCUCCUGGCAUGUAACUCUGACCUCCCGUCUGUGCUGACAUGGCACUUAGACUGUCGUUCAGUCUCACUGCCUAUUGCAAUCUCUGAUUGGAGAGGGUUGUUCCAAAUGUGACAUGGAAAAAAAAAAAAAAAACCUUCACGAAAUAUGAGCAGAUAUGACUUCUUCAUUUUUAUUUUUUUUUCUCCCCCCCCCUCUCUGCAAAGGAGAUCUAGUACGAGUUUCACCAGCGGGAGGGGACAGCACUGUGGUGUCACGUUUACAUCCGUGAUCUUUGUGAAUCAAAUCCAACGGGGUAGUGGCAAGAAGCGCAGGGGUCUCGGAUAAUGAGAGCGACAGAGACGGAGAGAGAGCGGAGAAACAAUUUGACGCGGGUUGAAUUAGUCGAUGGGAAGGAGGGCAGAGUGAAUCAAAGGGGGAAGUGGAAGAUGCAGAUUAAAAAAGAGAGACGAGGAAAAAAAGAAAAGAAAGAGACAACGGGAGGAUCUCAUUCAUCUGACUGGGGCCAUUAGGGAGCAUAUUGGGGCACUGUCUGAUCUGCCUGCCAGCUAAGAACUGGCCAACUGAUGCAGCACUCGCAGAUGGUAACCCAGCACUUUGUGUUUCUACGUGUGUUUGUCUAUGUGCGUGUGUAUGUGUGUGAGAGACAGACAGUCAGACAGACAGUUAGUUGUUCUCCAACGCUAUCAAUUUCCUGUCAUGAGUUCAGUGGAGCCUCUCAAAUGACUACAAUGUUUAGCAUGGACAGACUGAACAUGGAAACAUGAUGCAUGACUGGCAUACCUUCACUCUCUCCAUCAGGAGUUAAUAUAAAACAACCCAGCCUCUAAUGUAUGUACAUGUAAGAUAUACUGGCAAAUAAUUCAACAAGACCUUUAGGACUUCAGAAUGCAUUCAAAAUGAGAAGGGUCGUGUCAUAGUCGCACCACAGAUGUCAUUUUGUAGGUAAACGUUUCAUUUCCGCCCCUCUAUGGUUUGUCCUGUUUAUUAUGGGAGCAAGUUUGUUGAUGUAAAAUAAGAUUUAACGCUGUCAAUCACUUUUGUUCCCUCGGGUAGGAAUUCUAGUGUGUUAUUGCAAAAACAAAAUUGCCUAAAGCAAACAAAAAAAAAAGACUGAAAGAAAAACUGUCAUGAAGAAGAAAAAAAAAACAAAACACCAA